AUGGCCGUCGAGAAGAUCACAACCAUCUCUCCCACAACCAACAAGCCCGUCGUUGAGCGCGAUGGCCCAACCGACGACGAGUUGGCACAAUUGCCCAAGACGGCAAAGAAGGCUUUCGUCAAGUACAGCAAAACGCCACUGCAGGAACGUCAGCAGAUCGUGAAGAAGGCUCUCAAGAUCAUCAAUGGUAGGCGGGAUGAGCUCGCAAAGGAGAUCACAGAGCAGAUGGGAAGGCCUAUCGCUUUCACUGCAAAGGAAGUCACCACUGCUGUGGCAAGAGGCGAGUAUUUGCUCAAGAUCAGCGAGGAAGCCCUUUCAGACACGCCAGGUGAGCCGGAGAAGGGGUUCAAGCGUUUCAUUCGCAAGUGUCCUCUUGGACCAGUGCUUAUUCUGUUCCCGUGGAACUACCCAUAUCUGACGCUAGUAAACUCUCUGGUGCCAGCGCUCCUGGCCGGUGACAGUGUCAUCCUCAAGCCGUCGCCUCAGACCCCAACCACUGCUGAGCAAGUCCAGAGAGCCUUCGUCGAAGCUGGCCUUGACAAGGAUGUCAUCCAACUCUUCCACUGCGGCGACUUCGGCAAGAUCGAGAAGCUCGUCCAGGCACCCGAGAUUCAGCUCGUCUGCUUCACUGGAUCUGUUCCUGGUGGUCUGGCCGUGCAGAAGGCUGCUGCAGGACGAGUUGACUGCCGUGUCGGUCUCGAGCUAGGCGGCAAAGACCCUGCUUACGUCCGCUCUGAUGUCGACCUUGCUUGGGCUGCCGGAGAAAUCGUAGAUGGAGCCGUCUUCAACUCUGGUCAGUCCUGCUGCAGUCUCGAGCGCGUCUACGUCCACAAAGAUGUGCACGACGAGUUUGUGAACGAGGUGCAGAAGGUACUCGCAGGCUACCAGCUCGGCCAUCCAAGCGACAAGGGCACUCACGUCGGACCUGUCGUCAGCAAAGCCGCUGCUCAGCGUGUCAAGGAACACGUCCAGAACGCCAUCAAGCAGGGCGCUCACGAUGCCACACCUCAGAACGCCUCCUUCAAGAAUCCACCUGCCGACGGCAACUAUGUUGCUCCAGCCCUGCUCACCGAGGUCAAGCAAGACAUGCAAGUCAUGCAAGACGAGACGUUUGGCCCCGUCAUUCCAGUUCUCCGCGUGGACUCGGACGAGCAAGCUGUCGAAUGGAUGAACGACAACCAAUUCGGUCUGACCGCCUCCAUCUGGACCAAAGAUGUCGCAAAGGCCAACGAGCUCGCAGACGAUGUCGAAGCCGGUACCGUCUUCGUCAACCGUGCAGACUACCCAGCUCCAGAUCUCGCAUGGAUCGGGUGGAAAGACAGCGGCAAAGGCCAGACACUGUCACGAUUCGGCUUUGACCAGUUCGUGAAGCUGAAGAGCUACCACGUCAAGGACCACCCAAAAUGA